AGCCUGUUGGUUCCCAUUUACGCCGCGCGCCCCCGCAGAUUGCCUUUGGCUCCCCACACGGUAGUUGCAUUGAUGGCUCUUGGCCGCCCUUCCAGCUGCACAUUUGGCCAGGAGCGCGCGGGAGCUGUCACCGUGGUCGGGUGGUCACCGCUCGAAUCCUUGGAGCCCGUAUGGGUCAACAAUCUGCUCGGGAAUCUGCUGGCAGACGACGUGCGGCAGUUGUCGCUUAGCUCCAGGAAGUCCCUGGCGCUGACGCUCUCGGGCACUCGCCGGCUCAUCGUCCCCCGCUUGAGGCUGGACCUCGCCUGCUGGCACCCACUGCUGCUGUGCGCAGUGGACCCGCAGGAGGUCGUCGACUUCGUCUUGUCGAUUGCCCCCACUGCUGACAGGGAGUACGACGGCUUCGGUGGGGACGUGAAUUGUUGCCUGGGCUGGUUGAUGGCGGGUCUCACAUCAAGUUGCGGUCACUUACGGUGAUGGCGGAGUUGCCUGAGGCCAACGCAACAGAAGACGAUUCCAGGUGGGAGGGUGUUAUAGAGGAGCCCGUCGUCCGCGCUUUGAUGGGCUGCCUGAGCCGGUGCAAGCGCCUGGAGUCGCUGGACAUGCGUGCUGCGCAUGGGUCCCUGUGGUGGAUGAGUGACGACCUCAGCGAGUACGUUGGUGCGAAAUUGGGGCGAAUGGUCCAAUUACGUGUCUUGAUGCUGACUGUGGCUGUGUUCUCCGACGAGGCUUUUGCCUCGCUAGUCGAGGGCAUCGCGUGCUGCCCCCAGCUGGAGGAGCUCGCUCUCGUCGGCGCCAGCGAUCUCGACACUUGGAUGGAGAGUACACGUGUCCGAGAUCUGCUGCUCUCAACGGAGCGGAGUGUCCGGGGGCUGCACGAUCUCCUGUCCACGGCGCCGCUGAGGCGUCUGCGGCUCCGGCACCUGUCGAACUUUGGGAGUUUGCUGAUUCAGCGUGUUGAUAUAAUGUGCUGGCCACAGACACUGCAGCUUUUGCAGCUGUCUCUCAUCGGGCUGGACGACCAAGCUCUGGUCCACUUGGCACGGUGUGUGUGCACACUGCCUCACCUACAGACACUGUAUUUGAAAUUCGACCAUGAGUCCGAGGUUCAGGAAGAGGCAGAGUGGCGCGUCGACUCGGUGACCAUGCCUGGCAUCGCUGCCUUUUUCACGGCCCUGGCGAAUGCCGACCGGUGCCCCCCACAGCUCCAGGUUCCGUGGCUCUGCUCGCCCUACGUCGGUGCGUUCGGGGCCGACCUCGUGCUCAAGACGCUCGAGACGUUCGUUCGCAACGCGCCCUCUUCGCUGCGGUCACUUGAAUUCGCCUACCCGGGCACCGGCCACGGCUCGGAGGAGGCUUGGUCCGGCUUCCGGCGGGCGAUCCACGACAGGAAGGUGCACCACAGCUCGCUGGGCCCGACGGAGGUCCAGGAGACCUGGGGGAAACUGCAGAACUAUCCAGCUGCAUACACGGCGAGUCCCGCCGGCGUGCCGGUCCUGCACUUCCUUUGCGGAGGCAGCCGCUCGAGGGGCGGCGCCGGAAGCCGCUGACGUGUGGAUCGAGCGGCGGUGGGAGCAGCGGUCACGGCGCCGUCGCAUGCCUCGGCUGUCUUCGGGGGAACACGGUGCCAUGGGUUUCUGGGGCUCAGAUGGUUUUGCCACGGAAAGCACGACGCAGACGGCCACCCGCGCAGGCGUGGCGGCGCGCCUCGGGGCGCUCAUCUGUCGCUCCCGCACUGGAGGCUGUGCAGGAGGGAAGCGGAGACAUCGGCGGGCGAGCUCGGCCCCGCUCGUGUCCCUGCACUCCGCCCCGCUCGGGGCAGGCAGUCAGAGGAGGGAAAGGCACCACGUACCUUCAGCCCCGUUAUCCCCUUGUGUGGGCCUCCUCGGAGGCCCUCGUCGCCGCCGCUGGAUUUGCCUCGAAGUGCUGGUCAGAACGCACCCCGGGAGUAUCGGUACCUUAUAGUUCCUCCAAUGAACCAGCGCGUCUUUCGAGGCGCCAGACGUGGCGCGGGUUGUCCUGCUUGCCGCUGGCAUAAAAACAGCGCCACCCUCCUUCCGCACCCCGCCGCAUCUUUGUCGUCCGUUUCUCCCUUCCUCCGUUUCCCUGUUGUUGCCGCGCUGACCUUUUGGCGUCCUUUCCGUCCAUCUCCCGCUCUUCUUCGUUCC